AUGUCGAUACUCUUUCUUGUACGAGCUACUGGCAAGGAGAAUCACAAUAUCAACAUUGAAAUAUCUGCACGUCAACUCCAUGGUAAAAAUCGAAUCCUUGUCGGACAGCGAGCGAACGAAAUCGAUCCUCUCGAAGUUUUUCGUGAACAUGUUAAAGAUGCUAACGAGAGUUUGCUCGCUGUGGGCAACUACACAGAAUGUGAAACAAUUGAAACUCUCAAGAAAGCGGCAUAUGUUUAUCGAAAAAAGAUGCAUAUUGAUGAAGACAUUUUCAAAGAAUGUCGUAUUAUCGGGCGUGCAAGAUGUGGAGCUGAUCGUAACGAUCAGCACAACCACCAAGAAUGUGAAAUUAAAUGUCAUCAUUGUAAUGGCUCUCAUGUAUCAACGGAGUAUAAAUGUCCUGUUAUUAAUCAAUACAGAGGAGAACUAAUUUAUGAAUUAAGAAAGAGAUCGGAUAAACUACCAGUCGAUGUACAACUAUUUAUUCCAUCCGAAUAUCGUAAUUCAGAUGAACGAAAUAAAGUAAUUUAUAAUAAAAAAGCACAGCAACAAAAACAACGACAAGAUGAACAAAGAUACAAUAGAAAUGAUUACAACGCUUGGCCUUCUGUGAAUUCUAAUGUAACAACAUUAGUACCACUUUCUCCUUCAUAUCAAACUCUAAAUGAAACGAUAAAAUCAUUAGAUAAUGCGUUAAAUGCACUAAAACAAAACUAUCUACAAGAACAACAAAAAAUUGAACAAAAAUACAAAGAGCAUUUAAAUGGAAUAAAUCAGGGAUGGCUAAUAAUGCAACAACAAAUGCAAACUCAAACGCAAAUUCUCUCCACGAGAAUUUUGUAUCACUUCACAGAAACAUUUUCUUCCCUACUCCACGAGAAUAAUGCUGUUACACGAGAAUUCUGCUGUUUCGUGCGAGAAUUAUGCGUGCAUCUCAAACAUAUUGUGCUCCCUUCACGAGCAUUUUGUGAAGAGGCAUUUUGCCGUCGAGCCUGUACUUCUUGCUAUUACAUAAUAAAAAUUUAG